GUGGAUUUAAAACCGCGCGUCGCGCGUUCGUUCGUCGCGACGGCGCGACGUCGCGACGCCGCGACGAACGCCCGUCGCGACGACGAACCCCGUCGAUGCGCGCGCGACGCCUCGCGUCGUCGCGAUGUCGCGCCGCGAUGGACGUCGCCGACGACCGCGCGCGCGCGAAGACGUCGUGACGACGCUGUUGCGACGACGCGAGGCGCGAGCGCGGGCGACGCGCGCGGGAGACGACGACGACGCGGGCGAAAACGACGCGUUCGUCGACGCGGCGGAGACGUGGGCGACGGACGACGGACGCGGGAGGCGGGAGGCGACGACGACGCGGACGUCGCGCUCGAGCGCGAGCGCGAGCUCGUCGAGCUCGAGCGCGAGCUCGUACGCGUCGGCGCGAGCGCGCGAAGACGAGGACGAGGACGCGAAGGCGUGGACGUCGACGCGAGACGCGAGAGAGCUCGGCUGGGGGCCGCGACCGUCGAACGAAGCGCGCGAGCGCGCGGCGCGGGCAAAGGCGUUGGCGAAACGCUUGCUCGAGGGCGACGAGGACGAGCCGACGGCGCGCGGUGAGAUCGUCGGCGGGGAAGUCGCGAGAGACGUCGGGAGCGAGCGACUGCGAUCGGUGCUGACGAUCGAUAGCGCGACGAGCGGUGGGGACUCAGAUCCCGAGCGGUUGGCGAAAAGACGGGCGAGAAGGCGGGCGGCGAAGCGCAGGCACGAGCGCCGAUUGCGAGAGGGCGUCUUCACGUGACGGUUCGCCUUACAAAAGGCGCGAGCGCGAUUUUGAAUCCAUUUCGAGGUUCUCAGCUUUCGAGCGUGCUUUCGAGCGUGCCACCGCCGAUGCAGCGCACCGAAGCGGCGUUCGCGCGCAAUUGUUCGGCAAACGCGCCGUCGCACGGAUCGAAAGGUUGGCCCGCUUCCUCCGUGCACUUUUUGAGCACGUUUUCGACGACGCCAUCGACACCACCUUCGCACGGCACCGCGAUAUCGUCCUUCACGGCAAGUGCGCCUUUGACGAGCGCGUCCACGCACUGCGAUCCGCACAAGCCAUCGGGGUCGUCGAGGCACGUCAUCAGCACUCGCAUCGCCUUCGCGUCCGAGAAUUCCGGACACACGAAGUCCUGCGCGGCGACCGCGACGGCUGCGGUGGUGGCGGCGAAAAACGCGAGCGCGAUGGUGCGUCGUAAGGUCAUUUUGAUCGCGUUGCGUUGCGAAGUGUCGCGUAACCCGUCGCGCGUCACAUGUUGUCGAAAGUUCACACGACGUCGACUCCGCGCGGCGGCGUU